GCUUUCCAUUUUCCCUGAGCGAGGUUUUUAGUUCUCCAAGUAACUGUAUUAGCCGAUUCUCAGCACACAGAACAGAGCAGCGCUUUGUCCCCAGGGAAAGAAGCUAUUUCAGACUUAACUAAGGAAUCAUCUAGCAUGUUUCAACAACCCCUACUGUUUCUCUGUUUGUUUUAAAGAUAUCAGUGUGAUUUUGUUUCAUUUGCAACUGGAGACUAAAUGACACCAAGCAGAAUCUGCUGUUAGGUUAGAUUACAAGGUAAAAUACGUUUUGAAUUUUAAAUUACUGCUUAAAGCAUGGUGUUGAAUGGCUUAAACUACAUGUUAACGGUGACCGUUUGAUACUUUGCCACUUUUUGAGAGACACAAAAACAUGCAGGCUACAUUUUUCGUCUAUUAUUUCCUGCUUGUCUCUCUGUGUAUUGAUUGUUUUCAAAAUGGAACUAGUGCAAUUCCCAGGAGGCAGAGGAGAAGAAUGCGCUACAGAGCACUGAGAGCGAGCUCCUCUGCAGGGCACCGGUCCCAGAGACAGCUGAGGACGAGGCUUCCAGCUCCUGCUCCUGUAGUGCCCAGCAUACCUCUUAUUCAUAUUGAUGAUGGUGUUAUGGGAGUAUUUGACUCUCUCAUAGGUUUGGGUGAACAUGAAUCUAGUUACAGUGUCUUACCAGGAAAGCAGGGGCACUGCAUAGCUAAUGGGAUGAUCAUGUACGAUAAAGCUGUCUGGUCCCCCAAGCCCUGUAUUACUUGUCUCUGUUCCAAAGGAAAAGUGCUAUGUGAUACAACUAUGUGCCAUCCUCUGAAAUGUCACACCACUAUCAUACCUGCAGGAGAAUGCUGCCCGGUUUGUUCUGAUAUUGCCUCCUCUUUGGAUCCAAGUAUUAUUUCAAUGGAUGACCUAACUGAGUUGUCUGGUGACUCUCCAGAACCCAAUGACCUUGGCAACCCCAUUAUACAGUCAUCAGCACAUACCCAAGGUGAAAAGGAUGAAUUGAUUACAACAGAAGGGACAGAGUUUAAAGAGAAAGAGAUUCUUAAGGCGGAUGAAAAGAAAAGAAAAAGGAAAGGCAAAAAGAAUCGUCAAAAAGCUUAUCACAAAGGAGAGAAGCCCAUCACAAGAAAGGAUGAAGAAAGAAGGCCAUCGUAUGAAGAGGAAGGACUACGAACUGAAAAAGAAGAAAAAAAUAAAAUGGAAAAAGAAAGAAUGAAAGAGAGAGUUGUGGAACAAGAAACGCAGUAUGAAAGCAAUGAAGAUGACGACAGUGUACAUGUGUUAAGAGGUAAUGCUUUCAGAGUGCCACCUCAUUUCCCAAUUCCUGUUCCACCCAUAGAAACUCCUUUGCCAUCCGGAUGUUCCAUCUUGGACACCGCAGUGAGCUGCACUAACGCCAAACUUACACAAAUACCACCAAUUGCAGAUCCAGAUCUAACAAGUCUAGACCUCACAGGAAAUAUUAUCACUACCAUCUCAGAUGAAGCAUUCAAUGGCAUACCCAACUUGGAAUGGGUUGACCUCAGUAAGAACAAUCUCACCUCUCCUGGCAUAGGUCCACAAGCGUUCAAAAUCCUGAAAAAGCUAAAACGCUUGUAUUUAGACGGAAAUAUGCUGGUACACAUUCCCUCUGAAUUACCAUCAACUUUGGAAGAAAUAAAAAUAAAUGACAACCGCCUUCAUGCCAUUGAUGAAGACUCCUUACAAGAUUUAAAGAACUUGGUCACCUUGGAAUUGGAAGGAAAUAAACUAAGCGAAGCAAAUGUCAGUCCUCUGGCCUUCUAUCCUUUGAAAAGUCUCUCUUAUUUACGACUGGGGAGAAAUAAAUUUAGAAUUAUCCCACAAGGCCUUCCCGCUUCUAUUGAGGAGUUAUAUCUUGAAAAUAAUCAAAUUGAAGAAGUGUCAGAAAUUUGCUUUAACCAUACAAGAAACAUAAAUGUCAUUGUGCUGAAGCAUAACAAAUUAGAAGAAAAUAGAAUAGCACCUUUGGCUUGGAUAAACCAAGAGAACUUGGAAUCAAUCGAUCUCUCUUAUAAUAAGUUAUAUCAUGUUCCCUCCUAUCUGCCAAAAUCUUUACUACAUCUGAUACUUAUAGGAAACCAAAUUGAAAGAAUUCCAGGAUAUGUCUUUGGUCACAUGAAGCCAGGGCUGGAAUAUCUCUACUUGUCCUUUAACAAACUUACUGAUGAUGGAGUAGAUUCCGUAUCAUUUUUUGGAGCAUAUCACUCUCUGAGAGAGUUGUUUCUGGAUCACAAUGAAUUAAGGUUUGUGCCAUUUGGAAUUGAAGAAAUGAAAAAAUUACGUUUUCUACGGCUGAACAACAACAAAAUAAGGACAGUCCAUCCAGAACGCAUCUGCAGGACUCACGCCAGUCAUGAUGAUGAUAAUGACAACAGUGAAGAGGAGGAAGGUCGAGAUUCACGUUUGGAACACCUUCAUCUUGAAAACAACUAUAUCAAAACAAGACAGCUAUCACCGCAUGCAUUUUCAUGCAUAAGAUCUUACUGCAGUGUUGUUCUCAAACCACAGAAGGUCAAAUAAACACCCAAAUUUUGCAUUGCAAGCCCUAUCUCUAAAAAGUUAGCUUUAUUUAUUCUCUGUUACUAACAGCUCUGAUUUCUGAUUUAAACACUUCUUCCUACUAUAAAUAAGAGAGUAUAUUAUUUAACAAAGGCAGGACUGUAUUUCCCAAUACAGUUUCAUUAUACAAACAUUAAACAUAAAAAUAUAGGCUCAAGACUAUCUCAUAAAUUUUCAUUUUGAUUGCUAGAACUUCUGCUCAAAUACAACGCAUCAAUCUGUGCCCCCAGUCACACCUUUAAAAGUUCAGACUUCAGAAAAGAAGAAUAUAACUAAACACUUGGUCCUGUUUACUUUUAUUUUCUGAAUUUAAGACACUUCAAAAUGAUAACAUCUUUAAAAAUGAUACAUAUAAAAGACUUCAAACUGUGCACAUUCUGAUAGUGCAACAAUCAAAUAUCUUAAAAAAUAGAUAGUGGAGAAACUUUACUACCAAAAACCCUGCCGUGAUAAAUUCUCUUCCAAUGAAAAUUUUAAGGAAAAAAUGUUUAAAAAUGCAUCCAGACAGAAAUUAAUUCCUCUAGCUCUUCAGAUCCUGUGCGGAAACACGAGAAGUUUUCAGUCAGCUCUCCAAAACAAACCAACCAACCUAUGUUAUGAUUUUUACACAGAGAGAGUGCUAGGCCCCAUCCACUUGUACAAUGGCUAGCAUGCCCUAAUUUUUAUAGUGUAUAAGCUACCAACAGGAUCACAUUGCCUAUUUUAAUUCCCACUCACAGCUGUUUGUGGCUAUUUGAAAGUUUCUGAAUAGUCAUAAAUCACCCCUGUGGAGGCUAUAUUGAUAAAGCAGUUUCAGUCAUACAUUUGACAUUAAUGGCUCAUAUCGAUCUCUGAUUCCCUAUAACAGAGUUCAAUCUCUUGAAGACUUUUUUAAAAUACCCAAGUUCAGAGAAAGGAAACAUUUUUAAUAUGCUGCUCCAGAGGAACCUGGAGCCCAGUAAAAAUGAAGCUUAUAAGCUUUCUGCGUUACUGGCACUUCCCCAAUAGAAUUUAAUAUUGUAUUCUUUCUCUAAAGUGAUCUAAAAAAUAGAAAGACUUAAUUUCUUAGUGUUUUUCUUUUAAAGAACAAUCUCCAUAAAAAAUGAAAGUAGUUCUACUAUGUUUCAUAUUUAUUAAAUUCUAUAGUACUUUCUCAUAAGAGUAGGAUGGUGAUAGGAAACAAUUACAGAUGAUUGGCAAUUAAUUUUUCAGGAAAUUACUUUCCACUUUUCUGUGAACUAUUCUGUGAUGUAUAAAAAUAAGUUACUGUUUUCUCCAGUACUAUAGGUACACUGCCUAAUCCUUUCUUCUUCAGAAUGGAUGGGAGCAAAGGAUGAAAUGGCUCAAUACAGGGAUUGACUUUUUAAGUGCUGUAAUCGACUGCACACCAUAAAACCCUCUAAGGAUACAUAUCAACAACUAAACCAUAAUUUUUUUGCCCUCACUCUGGAAUUGAAGGUUUCAUGAUGCAUUUUGCAAACAUCCCAAUCUACUGCCAAUAACUAUGUCAUAUAAUCAGCACAAGCAUACUGUUCAGACAACAUAUAACCAUGAAGGACCAAAAAAAUUUUAGCAUAAUAUUAUAGACAGCAUACAUGGAUGCAACAGCUGAAUUCUGUUUUCUCUGAAGCUAAACAAUCACCAUAAAAUCAAAAUUCCGUUAUCCUAUUUCAAAGUUCUCUCUUAUUCAAAUAAACUAUUACCUGCAAGGUACAAUAGUACUUCCUCUGCAGUCAGUCAAAAUACAACAUAUUUCUUGUAAGAGACAAUCCUAAGAUACGUGGCCUUUUGUAAAAAGAUUGCUUUGGAUAUUUUGUUUGGUAAAAUACGGCCAUAAAUCAUGCAGUAAUGAUUUUGUAAAUUUGGUAAAGAAUGGUCAAUUCAGCAGGCUGAGUUUAUACAUACAAUAUUCUGUUUUGGAUGGCUUGAUUUCACUGUUUGUGCAUUCCCAACAUUUGAAUCCUUUGUCUUUGAUUUUGGCUAAUACAUCUUCGUCUGUCAAACACCACUAAGAUCUCAAGUACUUUUUUGACAGAGUAAAGAAAGCUAAGUUAUUAAAAAGAUGCUUUUAGUUUAUUGCUAAAUAACUUCAGACUUACUUCUGCAGCACUGCUGAGCAGUGCUAUCAAAAAUGCAGCUGUACUAACUGUUUUGAAUAUACAGACUGACUCAAGGGAGGAUUUCCAGGCAAACAAGCUUCUGUAUUAUUUCAUUUUAUGUAUUCUUAAAAUAAAUUUAAGCAAAACACUG